AUGCAGCAGCAACAUCAACUGAUUCCUCCACAAAGGCUCCGCCGUGCCCGUAUUGCCAACCUACAGUUGCAGCUUGAGCAACUGCACCGUCGCGAGCAGGUAGUCGUAGCUGCACUUCUGGCUGAUGAGGUGGAGGGCCGAGUUAGAAGACGCCAGCGUACGUGCUGGGUCAAACCAUGGCUACAGCACCGUGUCCUGCUUGGCCAAUACGAUAACCUUUUGCAGGAACUAAUGCGCGAGUCGCAAGGCGACUUAAAAAACUACCUGCGCAUGGAAAUGGAUAUGUUCCUUGAACUAGUGGCAAGAGUUUCUCCGAGGAUUACGAAGUCCUCCGCUUACAGCCUCCCUAUAUGUCCGGGACUGAAGCUUGCUGUAACCUUACGCUUCUUAGCAACAGGGAACUCAUACGCGUCUUUAUCCUAUUCCUUUCGCGUAUCACAGAGCACGAUCUCAAUCUUUGUUCCAGAAGUAUGCGAUGCCAUUGUUGAAGAAUACGUGCAUCAUCAUUUUGCGACUCCAUCGAACCCCGACGAGUGGGGAGAUGUUGCUGGCAAGUUUGCAUCCAGGUGGAACUUCCCUCGCGCCUGCGGUGCCCUAGACGGCAAACACGUCGCAAUUCGGAAGCAGCCCCACGGUGGAAGCAGGUUCUACAACUACAAGGGCUAUCACUCUAUUGUGACCAUGGCUCUAGUAGACGCCGAGUACAACUUUCUAUGGGCUAAUGUGGGGCGGAGGGAGCGAGCUCGGAUGCGGCAAUUUUCCAAGUCUGCACCCUACGCCAGAGCCUACAAGAGGGCACCCUGGGACUUCCACCCCCAGAUCCCCUGCCUGGUGACGACAGGAACACCCCCUACUUUAUAG